AACAGGAAGCAGCGGCCAGCACCCCCUGGUCCAGAACAUGACGGUGACAGAGGGAGGCACGGUCAACAUGACCUGCCGCGUGGAGUACAACGACAACACCUCCCUCCAGUGGUCGAACCCGGCACAGCAGACGCUGUUCUUUGGAGACAAGAAAGCUCUGAGGGAUAACAGGAUUGAGCUGGUGCGUGCCUCCUGGCAGGAGCUGACCAUCAGCGUCAGUGACGUGGCGCUGAGCGAUGAGGGCAUGUACACCUGCUCUCUGUUCACCAUGCCCGUCAGGACCGCCAAAGCCUACCUCACUGUCCUGGGGGUGCCAGAGAAGCCUGAGAUCGACGGGAUGACCAAGCCGGCCCUAGAAGGAGAGCAGAUCACCCUGACCUGCAUCACCCAGGGCAGCAAGCCCGCCGCCGACCUGCGCUGGUUCAGGAACGAGGAGGAGAUCAAAGGUGCUAAGGAGGUGAAUGCCAGCGGCAAGACCUUCACGGUGCGCAACUCCUUGCAGCUGCGGGUUGACAGGAACGAUGACGGCGUGGCCUACACCUGCAAGGUGGACCAUGUAGCCCUGACCCAGUCACCGCAACAGGCCACCGAGGUCCUGGAGGUCCACUAUGCCCCUCGUGUGGAGAUCACAAACUCGCUGACCUUCCCUCAGGAAGGCCAGUAUCUGAAGCUGGAGUGCGUGUCCAAAGGAAAUCCCUCGCCGGACCCCGUCAUGUGGACCAAGGACGGGGGCGAGCUGCCCGACCCGGAGCGCAUGAUCGUGGAGGGACGCGAGCUCACCUUCACCUCCCUCAACAAGACGGACAACGGCACCUACCGCUGCGAAGCCACCAACCACCUGGGCACCAGCAGUGCCGAAUACAUCCUCUACGUCUACGAGGUCCCCACCACCCCGCCUCCACCCACCACUCCUCCCCCCCAUCCCACCCCUCCAGACACCGCCGUCCUCUUAGACAGCCACGCCUCAGACCGCACCGUCACCGACGAGAGAGAUCCCAAUGCCCUUGGACCACAUGGCCCAGAUCAUGCUCUCAUUGGUGGAGUGGUGGCAGUCGUGGUCUUUGUCACCUUGUGUUUGAUUAUAGUUUUGGGACGCUACCUGGCAAGGCAUAAAGGAACAUACUUGACAAAUGAGGCCAAAGGAGCAGAUGACGCACCGGAUGCAGACACUGCCAUCAUCAACGCUGAAGGCAACCACGCACAUGCAGAGGAAAAGAAAGAGUACUUCAUUUAGACUGCAGAGAGCACUGCGCUGCUCCCAUCUUUUCUCUCCCUCUCUUCCUCUCUCCCUCUUCCUCUCUCCCUCUUCCCAUCCUCUUUCCCUCCAAUCUCUCCAAAUCUCGCUUUCCCUUACCGUCUCUCUGUCUCCUUCCUCCUUCCUUCCUUCCUUCUCUCUUCGUGUGGCUGUCCACUGCCCCUGCUGCGUCACCAAGGAAACCCUGGGCAGACUGUAGAGUGAGAAGGCCCCUCCACAUUUCCUAUCUUUUGUUGAAUUUCUUUUUUAUCAGUCCAUCCUGUUCUUCAGCUGUUUUGUUUUUUGUUUGUUUUUUUACAGGCAGCUCCUCGCUGCCGGAGCUGUGUCUGCCUUCAACCGAAUUUUAUAUUUUUUUCGUCUUCUCUGUGAAAUAAAUAUCUUAUGGAUAUGCAUAUCCACCUGAGGCCACCUCAAACAUCUUAUUCCGUUUCACCGCUACAGCCCUCUCUCUCUCUUUCACCUUCUCUCUCUCUCUCUUUCUCUCUCUCUACACACACACACACACUCUCACAUACACACACAUACACACAAACAAAUCUCCCCCCGUCUCCACAGACAGACCCUCUCACGUUUACAUGGUGCCUAAAUAUACAGACGCCCAUUGAUCUUCUGUCAAUGCCUUCAUUUGGUGUCCGUCAGUAACAAUGUAAAAAUCCUUUCUGAUUUUUAUCUUCAUUGUUUCAUUGCUUAAACUCACGGCUCUUAAUUCUACAAUUUAAAUCGUCGUUUUUUUUUUCGAAUGAGACUAUGCUUUUUACGCCUUAUAAACAUACGUCUUUUACAUUGAGUAUGGAGCAUUUAGCAAAUGUCAUUUCCCCCCCACGCUCACUAUCCUCUCAAUAGAACUGUACCAGAGGAGUUACCCCUUGUAAGAUAAGAUGAAGGAUUUUGUGUAACACUGUAGCAAGGCUUGUGAGAUAUGUGUAUAAUAUGCUCUACAUCAUUAGCUUCUAGGCGAGGAAUUCCUGGUAGUAAGACAGAGAGCCGACAUUAUCGACAUGAACACCAAAAAGGUACGAAAGAGAUGCUGGAUGAAAAAAAAAAAAAAAGCUAUGUCAAGUGAACACAAUCAAACUUGUAUGACCAUUUGCUUACCUGCUAUGUAUAUCCAUGUUACUUUGUCUGUAUAUUACUGCACUGUGCAGGCCAACGCAUAGCUACACCAACACUCUCACCGCGACACAACAUGUUCUGUGAGAUAUGUAGAGUCAGGUGAGUUUGGGGAUUGGAUGUGAACAUGUUACAGCUUUCCAUGGCGAAGGUUGGGUACCCCUAAGUUAUUGAAGACAUCCCACAUCUUUCAAGAAGGUCUGUUGCGGUAAGGUAAAUCUUUUAUUAACACAUCAAAGCAUCGUGAGAGUGCUUUUUUACCUGUGACCUGGCCUUCCACCGACCCCACCCCCCCAAAAGAAAUUGAAAGAGCGAGGACAAAUAUAGAAGCACAAAAUGAUCCCGUCGGUAAAGUAACUUAUCUGCCAACAGUUAAAUUGCCUCAGGAAUAGUUUAGCUAGUCAAACAAGUGGAGACAAAUUGGCUGUCCUUGAUUCCAUUUAGAAAUAUACGUCUUUGGAUAAUCGAAAAUCCUUCAUAACAGAAUACGCCUCGUCAGUGUUUUUAUACAAAAUGUGUCUUUUAUUUCAUUUUUGGGUUCAUAUGAUUCUAAGCUCCCCUGUUGAUACAGCUGUA